UGAAAUUGCCAACUUGACAUACCCGUAGUGGGCGGAGCAGAGGUGGGUAACUGGGCGAGCGGCGCAACCCUUUGGCCAGGUCCUCGUCGGCCCUUCGCCGGCGACGAGCAUCCAGCGCAUACUCCCCCUCCUUCCCCUUCCCCUGUGCGAAACCGAGCCACCCCAUAUCCACACUAAGCUAUUCCUAGUCACAACUGACCCAAUUUCGUGCACAUAUAUGAAUACCCACUAAAUUUCGAUUUUUUCCACAAUUAGUGGAUCCGCUCCUGCCCUCAUGGCCCAGGUCGGGUCGGCCACUGCCUCGGAGAGGCCGCCGCCGCAGGACGCAUGGGUCGUCGAGCUCCGCAGUCUCCUCCCGCAGUGGGAGUCGCUGCGGGAUUCCUCCAAGGUCAUUAUCCCGAUUUCAAUAUCUAGGGUGAACCAGUUUGAUGCUGCAAGGCUAGAUGUCGAGAUGUCGGCAGUGUUGAAAGAGCAGCUAGUCAAAGUGUUCUCCUUGAUGAAGGUGCUUUCUUUAUUAACUAUGCUGAUAUUUGUGUUGCUUGAGGCUUGCACAGAACUGAAGAGCACUGGUAAUUUUGCUUUCAGUUUUGAUGAUUUUUCUUCAUAUCAGCCAGGACUCUUAUUCCAAUAUGAGCCUGAACUUGAUGCUUUCCUCGAGUUCCUCAUCUGGAGGUUCUCAAUUUGGGUUGACAAGCCAACCCCUGGCAAUGCACUGAUGAACCUGAGGUAUAGAGAUGAGCGGGCAGCACCCUUGACUGGAAAAGAAGUUAGAACAGGUUUGGAAGGACCUGGGCUUUCUGUUUCUCAAAAGAUAUUUUAUUGUAUUAGCUUUGUUGGUGGCCAAUAUAUAUGGUCACGAUUACAGUCUUUUUCUGCUUUCCGUCGAUGGGGUGAUUCUGAACAGAGACCACUAGCAGGCCGUGCUUGGGCAUUAAUGCAGAAUGCUGAAGUAUUGUAUAGGGCUGCUUCAUUCUUUAACCUAUUAUUGUUUCUUUAUGGUGGGAGGUACAAAACUAUUGUAGAAAGGAUUCUGAAGGCAAGACUUGUUUAUGGGAGCCCCAACAUGAAUAGAGCUGUUAGCUUUGAGUACAUGAAUCGCCAGCUGGUCUGGAAUGAGUUUUCGGAAAUGUUGCUUUUGCUUCUUCCCCUUCUAAACUCAUCCUCAGUAAAGAAGUUCCUUCUCCCCUUCUCCAAAGAUAAGUCGGCAGGUUCUUCUGGUGAUGAGGCAGACUGUCCUAUAUGUCGGUCCAGUCCUAGUAUUCCAUUUAUUGCUCUUCCAUGUCAGCACAGCCAGAAAGCAUUUGGAUUGCAUGUGAGACUAUCUCGGGGUCUGCGCCAGCAAGGAUUUUCCUUGUUCACAAGGGAGAGCGAGUUUAGCUUGCCUGCACUGGAAAGACUUGCCUUGCUGGGCGAGGUAUUGCUACUAUUGCCUACGCACGCGUUGUUCUGCUACAAAUUCCUAUAGAUGCACACGUUGUAACGAGGUGGUUGUUGCAAUUCAAAGAUUAGGAUCAGUUUAGUUUGCUAGUUGGGUUAAAGAUAAAUAAUUAUGGCGUGUGUCUACAGAGAAGCAGCACUUUGGUCUUUCAUACAGUUAGAACUUAGAAAUUUCGAUGCUCCAUUGAGGAUGGGCAUCAUGAAAUGUACAUGUAAUUGCCCCAAGUGUGGACAGUUUUGAUACCAUGAAUUACUUGUUGUAUAUUGAAUGAAUGAAUGUCACAGAACUUACACGGAUUCACUACUAACUAAUGAGGAUUUCUCUACUACUAA